UCGCGCGUGCAGCAGGAAGCGUCUCUCCUCGCGUUGCGCAACUUUCACAUUCACAAGCGACAACCUUCAGAAGCGGGGUCGCAACAUUACCGCUCUGUUCCGCCUCCAUUUUUCGGUGCACUUGAAAGCGUUUGCGUGCAGCACACCGCGCGAGAUGGCCGCGUAUAAGCUCGUGCUGAUCCGCCACGGCGAGAGCUGCUGGAACCAGGAGAACCGAUUCUGCGGCUGGUUCGAUGCCGAUUUGAGCGAAACCGGAGUCCAGGAGGCCAAGAGGGGUGGACAGGCCCUGCAAGAUGCGGGUUAUGAGUUUGACAUAUGCUACACAUCUGUGCUGAAGCGUGCCAUCAGGACCCUCUGGCUGGUGCUGGACGGUAUUGAUCAGAUGUGGCUGCCCGUGCAUCGCACCUGGCGUCUGAACGAGCGCCACUACGGCGGCCUCACAGGCCUCAACAAAGCCGAGACGGCAGCCAAACAUGGCGAGGCUCAGGUGAAGAUCUGGAGGCGCUCCUAUGACAUCCCGCCUCCUUCCAUGGAUCCAGACCACGACUUCUACACCGCCAUCAGCAAGGACCGCCGCUAUGCUGACUUGACGGAGGACCAGCUUCCCUCAUGUGAGAGCCUGAAGGACACCAUCGCUCGAGCGCUGCCUUUCUGGAAUGAAGAAAUUGUUCCUCAAAUCAAGGAGGGCAAGAGAGUUCUCAUCGCUGCCCACGGCAACAGCCUGCGAGGCAUCGUCAAACACCUGGAGGGUAUGUCAGAGGAAGCGAUUAUGGAGCUGAACUUGCCCACAGGAAUCCCCAUCCUCUAUGAACUGGACAAGAACCUGAAGCCCAUUAAGCCCAUGCAGUUCCUGGGAGAUGAAGAGACCGUCCGCAAAGCCAUGGAAGCCGUGGCUGCUCAGGGCAAAGCCAAGAAGUAGACUGAGACAUUGUACAUAGAUGCCCCCCACAAGCCUCCUUUAAAAUGCAAUUUGAACCUAGAACCAAACCAGUGACCAAUAAUUGAUUUGUUAAUACUCCUGAGUACCGGGACCAUUUUAAGGGGAUAUUUCACCCGAAAAUGAAAUUCCUCAUGUUAGCACAAACCCAUCGGUCUUCUGUGGAACACACAAGGAGAUGUUUUGAACAAUGCUGAGAUGCUGCUCUUUACCAUACAAUGAAAGUGAAUGGUGACAGAUUGAAAGUCCCUGACCUCUCCUUUUGUGUUCUGUGCAAAUACAAAUGUUAUACGGGUUUGAACAACAUGAGGAUGAGAUUGUUGGGUGAACUUUCCCUUUAAGUAAACUUUUUUUUUUUUUUUUUUUCCCAGAAAAAGCCACUUGCAGACUUUACUCUCACUUUAACUGCUUGAGUAUGUAAAUAAUACAUGAAACUGAGCCAGAUUCACACAUUUGAGCUUUAUUUUGUCUCUGUGCUGAAAAUCAACAACCUCACAUUUCAAAUUAGGGCACUUGUGUUUAAUUUGUGAUGGCAUUGCUUUGACAACAGUAUCCAGGCAAUAGCUUAUUAGUGAUUGGGAGGUUAUCUGAAACUGCAUUUUCAAAAUGUGUGUGAUUCAUGCAUAAUGCCGAAGCCCUCUAUCUUUAUAUAUUCUGUGCUUUUAAAGGCACUUCUACAGAACGGUUUUCAUUGAGGAUGCUCAAGAGUCGAGAUGUGAGUUUGAUUGGUGAUUAGCAUCCGAUCAUAUUCCAAUGAGAUUUUUGGAGAUGUUUAUGGAGCGAGAUGGUUUUGUCCUGUGUGUGUGUGUGUGGUAAAUGUCACUGUAAUCCUGCUGUAGUCUGUCAUUUUCACUGUAUUUUAGCCUAAGUUUUGAUAUAUUCCACAAACAGUCACCCCUAUGUGAAUCUGAAAUUAUAUUUUAAUGUUUUGCUCCAGAAAAUGUUAUUUUUCGCAUAUCGUCUCUUCCUUCGCAUAGUAAUUUGGAUUGAAAAUGUUGAUUAUUUUUGCUUGACUGAAAGAUGCUGUUCUGUGUACACUGAAGCGUGUUUAGUGUGCAAUCCUAAUAAAUGUUGGCUAACUUAAGCAGA